AUGGCACACACUCUACCGGCCUCGUCUGGCACGUUCCCGCUCCUCGACGUCCACGAGAUGCACCAGACCCUCGUCGACUUUGGCUGCCAGAUCAGCCUCGACGACCUCCUGCGCCCGACACCGGCCCGCACCCAGGCCAUCUACGAGUGGUGGAUGGACCGCAUCUUGGGCCUCGGCGCAGAGGACGUCCGCCGCGCCGCCGACCAGCAGCUCGACCAGCUCGACCACCCGGACAUCUACCGCGACGCCAUGUACAUCGGAGUCUUCCAGAUCACCUUCCAGCAGCUCACGCUCUCGUGCGGCCUCAACGACUUUACCCUCAACGACCUCACUCGGCCCACCUCGCAACGCCUCGUCCAGGUCCUGAGCGCCAUCAUCAACUACUUCUACUUCACCGAGGAGCAAGGCCAGCGCGUCCUGCGUCCGCUCGAGGAGGACUUUGAGAAGCUCCUCCAGGAGGAGGGCGCCCUCAUCGAGGACAACGAGGUCCUGAGGGAAAAGAUCGCCGACGAGAGAGCCUCUCGAGCGGCCAACGCCCAGAUCAUGCAGGCCGAGGAGCCCGCCGAGCAGGCGUCGAUCGAGGCGCUCAACAGCAAGCGCACGGCGGCCCUCCAGCUCAACAAGACGCGCGAGUCGGUCCGCGCCGACAUGGCCGCCCUCGUUCAGCGCCGCCGCGAGAUUGCCCAGGACGUCGCGCGCCUCGAGCUUGGCGUCGCAGAGCUCCGGAGCCAGGUCGUCAGCAGCCCCGAAAAGCUGCGCGGCCGCAUCGACGAGAUGCACGAGCAGCUCGCGCGCGAGACCGAGAUGCUCAAGGACACCGAGGCCAAGGAGCGCCAGACGACGGCAAAGAUCAACGCCCUCGCCCAGUACUCUCUCGAGCUCCACGCAUGCAUCCGCAUCCUCGACGACUGGCAGAUGGACGUCGACAAGCUGCGCGAGGCCGAGCUGCGCCUCGGCGAGCACACGGACCACCUGCGCGCGCUCGAGGCCGAGCAGGUCGAGCUCGAGAACCGGAUCCAGUUGCUCGAGCGCCGGAUCGCCAACGGGCGCGACGAGCUCGUGCGCAUGCGCGACAAGAUGGAGCGCAAGAAGGACUCGGCGCGGCAGCGCAAGAAGGCGCUCGAGGACGCGCACCGCGACAACCUGCGCCGCAAGGAGGCGCUCGACAUGGAGGCGGCCGAGAAGAACGCCCAGGCGACCGAGGUCGAGAGCGAGAUCCGCAGCAUGCACCUGUCGCUCCAGGCCGAGCUCGAACGCGGCGAGAAGGCGUACAAGCGCAUCAAGGACCAAGUCACGCUGUACUCGAUCCGGCUCAACAAGGCGCUCGACUCGAUCAACGAGCUCAGCUCGCUCGCGCCCGAGAUCUGA